AUGGGGGAAAAAGGCAUCUCCGCUGCGUUGCUGUUUCUGGGCUAUUUCUCUGUGUCUUCGGUUAAUGCCGGUAAGUUUGCACGUAUUAAAUACGGCUUGUCUGCCCCACUCAAUGUGACCAUCAAAGUGCGGGAAGGGAACUCGGCUGUGGUGACAUGGGACAUCCUGGAGGGGGACCCAGUCAUUGGCUUUGCUAUUACCCAACAGAAGAAGGACGUGAGAAUGCUGCGUUUCAUCCAAGAGGUGAACACAACCACGCGGUCGUGUGCGUUAUGGGAUUUGGAGGAGGACACAGAGUACAUAGUUCAUGUACAGUCAAUCAGCAUGAGUGGCACUAGCCCCCCCAGCGACCCCGUUCUGUUCCGCACCCCAAAAGAGUCGGAGAAACUGGCCUCCAAGAGCCCAGAUGAGGUGACCAUGGAGGAGGUGGGUCAGGCAGCCCAGCUCAGGGCUGGAGAGCUCAUUAUAAUCGUGGUGGUGCUGAUCAUGUGGGCAGGUGUGAUAGCUCUGUUCUGCCGUCAGUAUGACAUCAUCAAAGACAAUGAGCCCAACAACAACAAGGACAAAGCCAAGAACUCGUCAGAGUGCAGUACCCCUGAGCACCCGACGGGGGGGCUCCUGCGUAGCAAGGUCUAA